AUGUAUGUUAUUUGUUCGUCAUCGAAUAAUAUAAAAAUAUUGUACAAUCACCAAUAUAAUCGGUAACUGCGCAGAACCUUUCACCUGCGCUUGAUUUAAGUUUAACGAAGCAUGGUUUAAUUGUGCAUUAGUCUGAAAACUGAUCUUCGUAGAAAAUGCCGUCAAUCACACAUGCAGUUUUUCUGCUCCACGUUGCAACAAUAUUGAACCUUCUCCCAGGUAACAUUUUCCAAGCCCAUUUCUCAAAAUUUAUUUUGCUUAUUCGUCUAUCGUUUGCGAGAAAUUCCAUUAGAGUUUAGAACAUAUAAAUUAAUAAACGAGAACAUACAUAUUUGCAUAGUAUACACUAUAACCAUACCUAAAACUAUAAUAGGAUACGACGUUAUAAUGGUAUAGCGCGAAUGAGACAAUAUAUGAACUAUUGGAAGACGGAGCGCGAAAACAACAUACACGCUUCAACGAUUCAUUCUUUGGAAGUGCCAUUAGUCGUACGAAAUGGUACUGGACCGAUCAAUUUAUCAUGCAUUUACAACGUCAGAGAGGAAGAAAAUGGUCUCGUAAUAAAAUGGUUUCAUAACAUGAAUCAAAUCUAUCAAUGGAUACCACCAAUGCCGCCUCAGGACGUGGGAGUUCUAUACGGAUUUACCGAAUAUCCUCAGUCAAAUUUACGGUACCCUAAUUCGAAAUCUAUCAUACAAUUAAAGAUGGCUACCGUUGAAAUGGGUGGAGAGUAUACGUGCUCUAUCAGCACGUUUCAAGAAGAGGACUCGGCAACCACUAAUAUGAUUGUUUAUGCGCCGGAAACUGAUGCGAGGAUACAUGUUUCUUUCUUCAAUGAAAGUCACUUGUAUCUAACAUGUGUGGAAUAUGAAGCGCAACCACGGCCAAUCUUAAAAUUUUACAUAGAGGGAAUCGAAGUUGAGAACUAUUACGAUGAAAUUGUACAAAUGGAAGAAGGUAGACUGUCCGUGAGUCGCAGUACAAUUUUGAGUAACAUUCUCGAACCUAUAUUAAUCGAUUGCGAGAUUUCUAUUCCUCGCACGGACUACAAACGCAGGAAGAGGAUCGUUUACUAUCCUGUUCAAUCAUUAGCCCAAACUAGCAGUGGAUCAGGAGAUGGAAUUAGACGUUUUAACAUCGUCAUCAUUGUUUUAUAUGUUUUAAUAUCGUUGAAGUUACAGAUGAAAGUUUAAUUUUUUAAA